AUGACCCUCAAAGCUCUCCUGCGAUCUCUCUUGUAUCGGCUGGCUGUCAAAUUACGGGCGGUAUGCCAUUGGGACCCGAGGACCCGUCUGCGGUUCUGCUUAUCGAUCUUGUGGAAAUGGUUUCCGAAACAACACCGGGCCACAGAUGAUGCGGCCGGCGACGUAUUCACUCCUCAGAACCACGUCGAAGAGGUGUGCUGCAGUAUGACCCCGCCGUCUGCGGCUGCUAGUCAGACAUCACUACACGUCCCCGGCAUCAUCCUGGAUAACCUGAAUCCGCCUAGUCGCGCUUCAUCACGCGCGGCGUCGAUUCGAAGCGCUCGGACGUAUCAGUCCGCUUAUGACGAUGAGGAGAGGCGGAGUCGAGCAAAAGCCAUCACAGCCGAGCAGAGCCAGGAGAUUGCAGUGGAGCGGCCUUGGACCAGAGUUGCAGUCUCGUCUUCGCGAUCACGAUCACGUUCUCGCGCUCCUUCGAAGGCACGUCCGUCUCGGUCAAACUCACCCACUCGGACACACUCGGAGCAUUCCCUCAGCCGAACGUCUACUCGAGGAGAUUGUAGGACUCGCCCAGCGACGCCAUUGAAUCAAGUUGCACACCCAGAUCCGCAGGUUUCAACGGGCACGGGAUAUGGCGUCGAGCGACCGGUCACCCCGCCCGCUACGGUCUCCCCAACAUUCACACGGGCUAGCCCUCCAACUCUCGAGAUCACAACGAUUGAUGUUGAGCCGCCGUCUCCUACUAGUCCAUCGUCGUCUAGGCAGCACGGGACGCCCAUGGACCCUAAUCUCUUGCGACCGGACUCACGACAAUCGCACGAGUCUUCCGCAGGCACGUCGGCUGCUACCUCGCCAACCGCAUUCAACGAUAACCCUGGAGUGCUUCCCGAGCUGCCAGAAGCGCCGUCUCAUCGGAUCUGGAGCUGUAUAACCCCAGAGGAUCUGCCACGGUACAAUAGACGGGCAACGACUGUCAAGAAGGCCAGGUAUCAUGAAUUGCAGCCGCUCACGAGGGCGUUUCCACACGAAGUUCCUAAACCAAAGAUACAAGCCGAAUCGAUAGGAGGCUGGAAAGCGUUUACUCACGCUGAGGGCUCCCUAUACUUUCUUCACCCAAGCAAGAGAAUCUGGACGAAUGCAUAUAUGUACGAACAGCUCUAUUACCAGGAAGUCGAGGAUUUCGUCGCCUUUCUUGAGGAUGUUCAGCAAUCCCUGAUGGAUAGCGGAAUCCCCUUCCCCGUCGAUUACGAGUUGGUCAUCGAGAUUACGAAGACUGAGGAGAACGAAGAAGAACUGCUGUGGCAGUAUUACUACGUUGACCACGCGAAUCGAUCAAUAUUCUGGCUCCAUAGGCGCAUCUUGUGGAAAGAAUUGGACACGGUGAAGGGCUGCUUCUCCCCGGAUCAUAUACAUCUGAAGAUUCAACAAUUGUACUGGCAUCACGUUUUCCACUUUCCGGAAGGCAGACCACACCUAUCGACGCACUUUGAUAAAGAUGUCUGGAGCCGGCUUCUCUGCUUCAUGGAAUUUAAUGCGCUGGAUACCAUAGUCUCGCCAAGGAGCACUAGCUUCUACUCUCAUCUGGAGCUGAUCCACAUGAAAAACAUGGUGAAGCUCGCCUACGACCAGUCCAAAGAACACGCUUUACUGCCGGACCUACUAUCUGCUGUCGCACGCAUACAGAUGCUGAUGGCCGAACAACGAUUCCUUCACGCACAUGGCCAGCCUUACGUGCGAUUGAAGAAUAACGAUAGCAUACACCCCGAUUCCGACGGCUGCAGAUCCAAAUCAUGGCUUUUCUAUGUGAUUGGCUUCACCUUAUUCCGUGCUCCGUUCACCUUGCUCGAGGACCUGCACAAUGUUACGGUAGACGGCAUCGUGCAAGAGUUUGCCUGGAGAAGGUACUUCAAACGACUGUUAGAAGACUGGGACAAACUCGUUCUACAGGGCACUGUCAUUCUGACCGCCAAUGUAUCGUUCCUCGCCAUUCCAGAUGUUAUCCACUUUCCUGGUCAGCCCAGCGGUACCGGCGGAGCAUCUGGCAUUCAACCAUGGGUCAGACCAUUGUUCAACUGGAGUCUGCUCCUCGCUCGACUGAAUCGGUCGCAAAUCGAGCACUCGACAGACGCAGACGAUGCGUGCAGAUACCUCGAGCGCCAUACAUCGGUCAUAUUCGAUCUCGAACCGAUGGCAAUCAUCUAUAGCUUGCCAUAUGCGCUGCUCUUAUGGGGGGUCGGCUUCUUCCUGGCUGCUCUGCUGAGCUUCACCUUCGACAGUACAGACAAAGCGACUCGGGUUGUUGUCGGAGCAGGAGCUGUGCUUGUGACGGGGCUAUUACUCUGGAGUAUAUUGUCCGGGAAGCUCAUGAUUCUGAACCGGAUAUGGCCAUGGAUCCAACAAACUGACGCGUACGAAUGGUUCGAGGAGAGUAUUCUUUCUGUUGCAAGAACUGCGACGAACUUUCGCAGUGUUGCCAUCACGAACCUGCUAACAUUUUUACGUCGUCUGAAGCGAGCCACGAAGGGCAAAAGGGCAGUAAAAGACAGUCAUGAGCAGGUGCAAGCCGGGUCUGAUGCUACCAGAGUGGGUAGAAGUACGGUAUGA